GACGCGCGGGGCAUUGUGGGUUAGCACGCACCGGCUACCGCCUCAGCUGUUCGCGUUUCGCCAUGUCGGGGUCCCCGGUAAAGCGCCAGAGGAUGGAGUCCGCCUUGGACCAGCUCAAGCAGUUCACCACCGUGGUGGCCGACACGGGUGAUUUCAAUGCCAUCGAUGAAUACAAGCCCCAAGAUGCCACCACCAACCCAUCCCUGAUCCUGGCUGCAGCCCAGAUGCCUGCCUACCAAGAGCUGGUAGAGGAGGCCAUUGCCUACGGCAAGAAGCUGGGUGGGCCUCAAGAGGAGCAGAUUAAAAAUGCCAUUGACAAACUUUUUGUGCUGUUUGGAGCAGAAAUAUUAAAGAAGAUUCCAGGCCGUGUAUCCACAGAAGUUGAUGCAAGGCUUUCCUUUGAUAAGGAUGCCAUGGUGGCCCGAGCCAGGCGCCUCAUCGAGCUUUACAAAGAAGCUGGGGUCGGCAAGGACAGAAUUCUCAUCAAGUUAUCAUCAACCUGGGAGGGGAUUCAGGCUGGAAAGGAGCUGGAGGAACAGCAUGGCAUCCACUGCAACAUGACACUGCUUUUCUCCUUCGCCCAGGCUGUGGCCUGUGCUGAGGCGGGCGUGACGCUCAUCUCUCCCUUUGUGGGGCGCAUCCUUGAUUGGCAUGUGGCAAACACAGACAAGAAAUCCUAUGAACCCCAGGAGGACCCUGGGGUCAAGAGUGUCACCAAAAUCUACAACUACUACAAGAAGUUCGGCUACAAGACCAUUGUCAUGGGCGCCUCCUUCCGCAACACGGGCGAGAUCAAAGCACUGGCGGGCUGUGACUUCCUCACCAUCUCCCCGAAGCUCCUGGGGGAGCUGCUCAAGGAUAACAGCAAGCUGGCGCCUGCGCUCUCUGUCAAGGCGGCCCAGACCAGUGACUCGGAGAAGAUACAUCUGGACGAGAAGGCCUUCCGUUGGCUGCACAACGAAGACCAAAUGGCCGUGGAGAAGCUCUCCGACGGCAUCCGCAAAUUUGCUGCUGAUGCCAUAAAGUUGGAGCGGAUGCUCACGGAACGAAUGUUCAGCGCUGAGAACGGGAAGUAGUGCAACACCCGAGGCCCCAGUCCUGCACCGAGGCUGACCCCAGACCUGCACUGCCUUUGAGCUGGGUCCUAAUUGCACAUGGCUUGUGACGAAUGAAUCUUGCAUUUUUUAGUGAUCGGAGAAGGGAUGGAUCAUAGGAUUCUGAUUUUAUGUGAAAUUUUGUCUAAUUCAUUAAAGCAGUUGCUUUUCCUAUGCUGUUU